CCGCGGUCCUUCAAGGAGCGCAUGCGGUACUUGUGGAAGAGGUACGGUUGGUGGGCAUUAGGAGUGUACCAGCUCUGGUCCUUUGUCGACGUUUCCCUCACCUUUGCAGCGAUUCACCUGCUAGGUGCGGAUCACAUACGCAAAUUGGAAGGCAGGGUGAGGGAGUGGGCGGGUAUUGGAAAGAGGCAAAUGAAGGAUGAGGAUGGAGAAGGCAUGAUCAGUGCGGCUGUAUGGACGGAAUUGGUGCUGGCAUACACUAUCCACAAGACCUUGCUGCUACCUUUUAGAGUAGCGCUCACAGCUGCCGUCACGCCGGCUUUUGUCAAGCAGAUGGUCAAGCUGGGUUGGGCC